AUGGAAAAUUCUGAAGUCGAAGAAAAUCCUCGACGCCCUUUCUUAAAAUUUUUGAAAUGAAUUAUUAUUCCUUUCAGCAUCGCUUACUUGAUUUCUGUCAAAAUAGAUCAAGCAGAGCUGUCUCCAUACGUUACUUACACAUUUAAGCAGCAUUGUGAACAAGAUGGAUACCCAUAUGAGGAAUAUUCUGUCACUACAGAUGAUGGGUAUAUUUUGUCAUUAUAUAGGAUUCCUGGAAAAAAUAAAAACCCAGGCCCUCCAGUCUUGCUGGUUCAUGGGCUGAGCAAUUCUGCGCAUUGUUUUAUUUUAAAUCAAUGCACAACGCCUCCUGCUUUUAGGCUUGCAGAUGAGAAUUAUGACGUUUGGCUAGGAAAUAUGCCUUUUUCCUCUAAAAAUAGAUUAAAGGUAUUAAAAAAUAAAGGAUAUUGCUUCAUAAGUGUUUAUGUUUAUACAAUAUAAAGUUAGUUUUAAUAGAGGAAGCCAUUUAAGUAGAGAACACACUAAGCUUGACCCUAAUUCUCAUGAAUAUUGGGACUGGAGCGUCGCUGAAGUCAUAGAAUACGAUCUUCCACCCCUCGUUAAAUUUGUAAAAGAAAAAACAGGCUAUGAAAAAAUUGGUAUUUUUUCUCACAGCCAAGGAUCUGGAGCUGUCUUAUGGAUGCUUUCACUAUACCCUGAAAUGAAAAAUGAUGUAGCGAUCGCAAUAUUAUCAGCCACACCAGGAGGAAUUUCUAAGCCAGAAAGUUUAUAUGUAUUUUUAUAAUAGUUAAAGCUUCUACUUUCUAUAAAAAAAUGCUAAUUAUUGUAUUAUCAUAAAAGAUAUAUAUAAAUCUCCUAGCAUCGUCUCUUGUUCAUAACAUUUUUGACUUACUUGGGAUGAAAAUUUGGUCAGAUUGGACAGAUGAUCUAUCUUUUGCCAAAUUUAUAGCGACUUUUCCUACAAUUUCGUCCUGGAUUGGUAGCGAUGUUUUUGAUAUGAGCCUUCAUGGAGGAAAUAAAGAGCUUCAUCUACCAGUUUAUGUACACAGAAUUAGAGGUGGGACAAGCAUAAAGAAUUUGAAAUUUAUGAGGCAGUAUCAGGUGAAUAGCUCAACGAAGCCUUAUCUUUAUGAUUAUGGAAAAGAAGGAAAUCUAAAGAAAUAUGGAAAAGAAACUCCUCCAACAGUAGAUUUUAAAAAAUGCCAGACACCUUUAGCAGUGAUGAAUGGGAAGUAUGAUUUGGUUGUCCCACAGAAGGAUUCAAUCUUAUUAAAAGAAAGUUUAAAUCAAGAUAUGCUAGUGUUUUAUAAAGAUGACUAUGAGCAAGACCAUGGCGGAUUUUUAAUGUCCUGCAAUAUGAGCUAUUUUGAUGAUGUAAUUCGGCUAUUCAAGUCUCAUUUGAAGCUGAAAUAG